AUCCUCACACGCACACAAUUUAACCACAAGAGUGCAGGGUAGAAGAAACAACACACGCACAAGCACAAUGAGACCUCAAAAGCCCCUCUGUUCCUUCUUCUUCUUCUUCUUCUUCUUCUUCUUCUUCAGCUUGAUCCUAACUCUAUAUCCAGCAGCAGCGGACCAUGAAGGCCCAAGCAGCGGCACCAGCAUAGUCUUUGCCACGACGGGUAGAUCAAGAUACGCCUUCGACAUCUACACCGUUCCAACAGUGGACCCACCAACCAACGCCAACGAGCUCCGAAUCACCGAUGGCCACUCCGUCAACUUCAACGGCCACUUCCCCUCACCAACAUCAUCCUCAAUCCUCUCUAUCAUACCCAAUCAAACCCUCAUCAACCUCAUCUACGUCACAGAACGAAACGGAUCCUCAAACAUAUAUCUUGAUGCAAUCUAUUACGAUAGUCCCGACCACACCAGAAGACGAUCGGCUCUCCAAGUCCCGAUUAGAGUUCAAAUCCCUCUGUUAGGCAGUGAACCGUCAAUUGGUCGAAUUUCAAUGAAGGAUAGGCCGAGUUUGGUGGGUGAGUACUUGGUAUACGUGUCGACUCAUGAAGACUCGGGCGUGCCUCGGACAAGUUGGGCAGCUGUGUACUCGACUCAGCUCGAAACCGGGUUGACUCGGAGGUUGACGCCGUACGGGGUCGCCGAUCUCAGCCCUGCCGUGUCUCCAUCGGGUGUUUGGACUGCUGUGGCGUCUUUUGGAGAGAGGGGAUGGAGUGGUGAAGUUGAGGAACUGAGUACUGAUAUUUAUGUAUUCUUGACUAGGAAUGGGUCGAACCGAGUCAAGGUGGUUGAGCACGGUGGGUGGCCGAGUUGGGCGGACGAGUCCACUCUGUACUUUCAUCGGAGGAGUGAUGAUGGGUGGUGGAGUGUUUACAGAGCGAUUCUUCCAGAAAUCGGAGCAGUUAGCGUUGGCACGGUUGUGAUUCAGCGAGUCACACCUCCUGGUCUUCACGUGUUCACUCCGGCGGCUUCGACAGCAAACAGGAGCUUCAUUGCGGUGGCUACGAGAAGACCCGAUUCGGAGUUCCGCCACAUAGAGCUGUUCGACGUUGAUUCGAACGAGUUCAGAUAUGUGACUCGACCCAUAGCACCACAAAAUCAUCACUUUAACCCUUUUAUCUCACCCGAUUCAACGCGGGUCGGCUACCAUAAAUGCAGAGGAGACAGCAAUGGAGGAAAACCCGAAAAUUUGUUGCUUGAAAACAUCCAGAGUCCUGUACCCGACAUCUCACUGUUUCGGGUUGACGGGUCAUUUCCUUCCUUCUCGCCUGAAGGGGACCGAAUUGCCUACGUUAGCUUCCCCGGUCUCUAUGUCGUGAAUCGGGACGGGUCGAACCGGCGCGAGGUCUUCACCGGAACCGCCUUCUCAAGCGGGUGGGAUCCGAAACGGAAAGGUGUGGUCUACACUGCUGUGGGACCCAUAUUCGCGACAGAGAGCACUAAGGUUGAUAUAAUCUCUAUCAAUGUUGAUGAUGAUAAAUUGGGCUACAAAAAAUUGACCACCGGCGGCGAAAACAAUGCAUUUCCCUCAGCUUCCCCCGACGGAAAGUUGCUCGUUUUUCGUUCGGGUCGGUCGGGUCACAAGAACUUGUAUAUAAUGGACGCUGUGGAUGGAGAAAUGGGUGGUAUCCACCGGCUGACGGAGGGCCCCUGGACGGACACGAUGUGUAACUGGUCACCGGACGGCGAUUGGAUCGUUUUUGCGUCGGACCGGGAGAAUCCGGGUUCGGGUAGCUUCGAGUUGUAUAUGAUUCACCCGAACGGAACAGGGCUCCGGCAGUUGGUACAGAGUGGGUCAGCUGGGCGGACUAACCACCCGUGGUUCAGCCCGGAUGGGAAGACUAUUGUAUUCACUUCGGACUAUUCUGCAGUGUCAGCUGAGCCAAUCUCGAACCCACAUCAUUAUGGCCCUUAUGGUGAUAUUUUUACGAUUAGAUCAGACGGCUCUGAGAUACGAAGGAUGACACAUAACGCCUAUGAAGAUGGGACUCCUACUUGGGGUCCCACGUACAUGAGGGCCGUCGAUGUGGAGCGGCCAAAUGAUGGACCACAGUGCUCAUUUGAGGAUUGUCACUGGCUCAAGAUUAGUCGGAACCAGGGUGUAGAGGUUGGACCCUUGGGCUUCACCGAAGCUCAAUGUGGUCGAUAAGUAGGCAGCACUCUGUUGGAUUGUAGACACCACUUGUGAUGUAUCAUAUGAGAUAUGAGCUAUUGUACAUUUGUGCCAUAUAAUUAAGAAAUAAAUAGAUAACCGCUACAUUGUAGUAAUGAGGAGGACUGUUAUAAAGUAUUAUCUUAGUUUUCCUUGUA